AUGACAUCUUCUUCGCCAUUUUCAGGCCUCAAAGGUUACACUUCUAAAACCAUUCCCUACAAAUCGGGACCUGAUGGUGACGUCCUUCUCGAUGUCGUUUAUCCCGAGGAGACAGAAGGUCUUCCGAGUACUGUCCUAAUUCAUAUUCAUGGCGGAUUUCUGGCAAGUACCCAUGAGCCAGUAAUCGUUGGAGACAGAUACAGUUAUAUGCCGUAUUGGCUUGUCAACGCAGCUGUUGCACGUAAAUGGAUUUUCGUUACCCCAGACUAUCGUCUUGUUCCAGAAUCCACGGCUCAUGCAUCUUUGGACGACACUGUUGACGCAUACAACUGGGUACGCUCUUCGCUCGCUGAAGUGAUCAACCGCCGUGUCGGCUCAGUCUUGGUAGCUGGCUCCAGCGCUGGUGGAUACCUCGCGUUAUCUACUGCAAAUGCUGUUAAGCAGAAACCAGAAGGACUUCUUCUCAUAUAUGGGAUGCUAGAUGCUGCUGGCUCGCGAUACACUACGCCUGGUACAAACAUCUGGGGAGCGCCACCCUUUGAUACAUCGUCUGUGCUUGACAAGUUUCCCAAGAAGAGGGACAGCGAAGAUCGAAAGCCAAUCUCAGGAUACCCGCCACCCGAGAACUUCCAAGAGGAUCCUAGAUUCUCCAUAGCCUCUGCACUGCACAUCGACGCGUUGUUCCCUGAUUACAUGACCGGUAUUGACGGCCUCAGUCGCGAUAUUGCCAACAAGGGCAUAGAUGCCAUUCCCGAAGAACACCGUCGCCUGUACCCUCUCUCUUUCGGCAAGCUCAAUGAAAUUCCACGCACUUACCUUUUGCACGGCAAGAAUGACUCUGCUGUGACUGUCGACUGCAGUGUAGUGGCUGAGAAGAAGCUUCGCAACGCGGGUGUUGAGGUUGUGGGGGAUUUCCCUGAGGAUGCGGAGCAUGGAUUUGAUGGCAGGGUUGGCAAUAUCGAUGUCGAAAAGACGGAUGCGGAUGGAGUGAGCAAUGUCGAGAGUUUGAGGAACGCUAUUAGGUUUAUUGAGUCUUCGGUCAAGGACCAAUGA